UUUGCCACAAUAAUGCCACUCAGUUCCCGAGUGACGGUGUCCUUGCCGGUACCAAGGCAGGCCUCCAGCUACGACCCUGUGGGGUUAAACAGAGGAUCAGACGGACAAGCAGUUAAAAAAUACUGGCAGCGUCUGAAGAAAAACAGAAAUAUAAAGACGAAAAAAGACUUCAAACAACAGGAUUUAAGACGUGCAUCAAGUCCUCCGUUUGCUACAGACAGAAACAAAGAGACGGAAUGCGCUGUCGCUGAAAGAUUGCUUACUAAUCCUUUAUCUUCGCCGAGUGGCCUCUUCUCUAACACAGCUGAGAGAGAACUUCGUCAGAAGAGAGGAAGCUUCGAUGUUUAUCCAGAAUUUAGAUCGGAGCUCGCUACUCAAAACAGGAGUUCAAACAACUGAGUUUAAUUUGUCAGCUGGGAAGAUAAUACAAUACCUUCAUCUGUAUGGUGCCUAACUCCCAAGAUCUUUAUUGGUUAUUGCCAUUUGUUUAGCUAAUAAUAGGCCUAUAAGCAAAUACUUUGAGAAAACUAUUCAAAUUGCAAGUCAAGUCGAUUUACCCAGGAAACUUGGUUAGUCACGGAUUUUGUUGAAUGUGAUAAUGAAAUAGAAUUAUUUCCAACAGUGACACGAAUCUCUUUGAUUAUGCAUUAACAUGACUACCGAUGUCGUCUUUUCCUUUUUUUCUUAAUGUAUUUUCAUUAUAUGUAUGUUGACUUGUAAACCCGGCCUGCAACUGCACUGGAAAGAUUAUGAUAAGUAAAAGCGGUGCGGUGAAACUCUACUGUCUGCCCCUUGCUAAAUAUGCUUCAAUUGAUAACUGUGUUAUCAUGUUAUUUUAGGUCUAAACGUUCAACUAGUCACAAGUUAUCAUUUUUGAUAAGUCUUUUGUUUGCAGUAAAUAGAGUAAAACAACAUACAUUGGCACAAUUUUUGGAUUUUGAUUUAUUUAUUUUACAUGUUAGGCCAGACAAAAUGGAUAUGUUGGAUAACGAGGCGAUUCUCCGUAAACAGGAUCGUUAAACAAA